AUGGUAGUGAUAAUGCGUUAAAUAAGUUAAAUGAUAUUCAAUCUCAACUUAUUCCCCAAAAACAAGAAAAAGAACCUAUCGGACUGAUUGUACUCUUUGCAGUUAUUGAUAAAAUACUUGCAUUACCUUUAGUAGAACUUGGACCGAUUGCUAUUGAAGUCUUUGCUUUUGAAGCUACAGAAGGCGUUAAUGUUGCAGCAGCUACAUUUUUUACAAGGGCUGCUGGUGAAGUAGCAAACGAUGUACGUGAACUCACUCACAUGGAUGAGUAUUUAGAACAUGGCGAUGAAGCUAGAAAUGAAAGCAUAAAUGCACUCGAUAGGGGAGAUGUUAAUGAAGGUAUAUAUCAAAUGGAAAAAGCAAGACUUUAUAUAAAUGAGAUUAAAUCUUAUAUAUCGGAGAAACUUGAACCGUCUGAGGUAAAAUAUUAUACUGAGCAACUUCAGAAAUAUAUAAAUGAUGUUGAAGAGCUUAAUGCACUAAUAGUACAAGAUUUUGUCAAGAUGGAGCAAAGCCAAUUACAGCAACUUUCAAAUCCUACUAUGAGACCCAACACAUUAUCGGCGAUUGAUAUUUUUACUGUGUUUCAAAGAAGAGCAAUGGUCCCAGGUAUGCGAGGUCAACCUUCAGUAAGUAGACCAUCGAUACGAUCUCCCGAGAUACAGGAGAUGUGGAGCAUAGGUGGUAAUGUUCCAAAAUCUCAAAAUAAAAAAAGGGAUGGCUCAAAUAGUGAUUUUGGAGGAGUGAUUG